AUGAUCUCAGGCGGUCGUGGAGAAUGUCUAGCUGGUGGAGUGGCAGACGUGAUUACGUGGAGGCGCGCUGCGCUGAAGGGAGGUCAGGAGCGGUCAUUAAAAUGGAGCGACGACUCGACAAAAAAGAGCAUUUUCGACACCUGCUUUUUGCGUGUAAUGGAAGUGCCAAAUUCACAGAAUGUGCUUGGCGAAAAAGCGAUGCCUCAUAAGUCGGUUCAAAAUUGGCCCAAGCGAUUCAAAGACGGCAAAUUCCACCUCAACGGCAUCAACCGCACCGAACGCUCCUCUGCAUUCCAUGGAAAGCGUCUGAAUCAGCCAGUUCACAAAGAUCCACGCCAAUUGGCGAGCGAAUUGGCAAGGCAUAAUUGGCGAGAAUAG